AUGACGGAGACAGGCGCCCCGGACCUGUAUUCUCCCUCGCAGCUGGAAACCAGCCCCGUGGAGGCGCCGUCUCCGCAGGCCGACGGGUGCAAACCCAUAAGGGGCGCCGCUGAGGAGGGCAGCUCGUCGUCUCACGCGAGGUCGUCGCGAGACAGCCGAGGCCGCCAAAGGGAAAGCAGCCCGCGGCGCGAGAGCGUGAGGCGGAAGGAUUCAGGAGCAGCCGCGGAGGGAGAGCGGCGCGACUUCGCGAAGAAGGUUUCGCUCGAGAAGGAAGACGAGCGGAAAAGGAUGGGGACUCACGGCGACGCGUCGCACAGCGGGCGCAGGGAGAGGAGCGAAGAGGACAGGCGCUCGCGGGAGAGGCGAAGCCGCGACGAAGAACGACGGAGGGAGCGGGCGGAGAGCAGACGAGACAUAGACAGCCGAGACGAGAAGGACAGGAAGAAGGACAGGCGCAACAGCGCCUCUGAGCGGGAGUCAGACUCCAUGAAGAGACGCCCGCUGUCUUCUUCCUCUUCUUCCUCUUCGUCGUCUUCGUCCUCUAAGCACCGCAGAAGUCGGUUCGACAUCGGCCCGGACGAGCAGAAGCGCCUGCAGCGCAUGGAGCAGUGGCGGGCGCUGAUUCGGGAGAAGAAGAACGAGGGAGAGAAGAGGGACGGGGCUUGCGAGGACGGCGAGAAGGGGCGAAACGCCGGUCCUGCGACGACGGCGGCGCGUGAGCAGACCGCGCUCGAUAACGCGGAGUCCGAAGACGACAUGCAGAUCGACGAGGAGUCCACGGCGUCCUACUCUUCGCCGCCGACCGCGUCUUUCUCGGCGUUGACUGCCAGCGCGCCGAACGCGCUGGAGGCGCGCGAGGCCGAGAAGGGGACAGCGACGGCCGUGUUCUCCGCGAAGGGAGACGCCGCUCUCCACGCCGCGUGCUCCUCUGGGCGCGAGCGGAGCUGGCGCGAGGAGGACGAAGAGGGGCGACGAGCCAAGAAAAGGAGAAACUACUCCGGCGAGCACAGGGAGCGCGAGGAGCGGAGACACGGGCACAGCGAGCGGAGAGACAGUGAACGCCGCGAAGAGAGGCGCCGCGAAGAGAGACGCGGCGAAGACGGGCGCCGCGACAGAGAUGAGGCGCGGAGCCACAGGAGACACCACGGCAGUCGAGGGGACAGCGCGUCGCCGAGUCGGAAGGACGAGGGGCACGAUGGCGGCGUCGGUCGCGAGGCCGCGUCUGCCUCGUCGCUCCCUUGCGGCGAAGGCGACGCGCAGAGACGCGACGCGAGCCGCGAAAAAAACGACAGAGAUCCCGAAAAAAACGACAGAGAGCCUGAGCAGGAGGACGCAGAGGACGAGAAGGACGGCUUCGCGGCUCGCCGCCACACGCGUCGGACCUCGCGGCGGGCCGCGGCGGCCUAUGGCCGGUCGCGGCCCCUCGCCUCAGGCAGCGAAGCGCACUCGAGCGAGACGUCGUCCUCGUCGCCGUCUCCCGUCGUGGAGCGCUCCAAGAAGAGUCUGCACCGCUCGCGUCGCGGCGGCGACAGCCACUCGUCUGCCGUCGCUCUGGCACUCGACGACGACUGCAGUCCGCACACUCACCUGCUGGGCUACUCCAACCUGCCCUCGCCGUCGCUCUCCCCGCCGUCCUCGCCGCGCUCGCGGCGCUCUCGCAGCCCGAACUUUGAGCGGAGAAAGAGGCCUGCGCCCGGCGUGGACAUGACCUCCGUGGAUCCGUGGACGUAUUCGGCGGCGGCGCAGCCGCGCGCGUCGCCUCGCGACGGGGGCGUCGACGACUGGCGGAACGGCCUCGACUCAGCCGACGCCCGCGCCUCCCCUGCGACGGCCGCCGCGGCCUCCGCUGUCCCAGUCAUCCUCCCCUCUCCCGGCGCGCCGUAUGCAGUCGGGUUCGCGGCACCAGCUGCCGCUGCUGCCACUGCCGCCGCCUUUCCGCCGGCCUUCUCGCCUCACGCGACCCAUCCGCGUGCCAUGCAGGCCGCCUUCGCCCACGGCGUCUCCCCGCCGCAGGGUGCGGCGCGGCGCGACGAGGUCGCGGGCUGCGGCGCGGCCGCGGCGUUCUGGGCGAACUCAUACGGCGCGGCGUCUCAUCCCGCGCCGACCGGCGCCGCGCCAUCGUUCGCUGCAGGCUUCUCGCCCUCCGCCUCCUCUGCUUCCUCGUCGCAGGGGGCGUCAGCGUUCGUCGCAAGCGGCUACGCGGCGUCCAGCGCCUCCGCGGGGCUCGCGGCUACGGCGGCCUCGCCCGCGCUACCGCCGUGGGCGGCGGCGGCGAAGAGGGACGCGGUCGGGGAGAGGGGCGCGUCGGAGAGCCUCUCGGCGCCCGCGCCGAGCGGCGCUGCGCUGCCUUCGCCGCAGCUGCUGCAGGAGACGCACCCGGUGCUGCAGCUGCAAGCGCGCGAGCAGACUCAGCAGCAGUUCUCCGCGCAGUCCGUCACUGGCGCAGUGGUAAGCCCGAACGUCUGGAAGAAAAUUGACAAACUCCAACGUGCCAAGAUCUGCCUCAACUGUCGGCAGCUGCCUCAGCGAAUGAGCCACGCCAGCGGCGCGCCCUCCGGAGUCUGCAGCGCCUGUUCGCGGCACGUGGGAAGGCAAAACUGCAAACACUGCGGCAUCGAGUUCCUCCAGCAUCACUACUGCGCUCAGGCUGAGAAGCUGCUGGGUCGCCCGAUCUGUCUCGGUUGCGCCAGGCAGAUGACUAAGUAUCAAAAAGAUCCCAGCAUCUGCCGUUACUGCAAAUGCUGGUCUGCGUGGAACGAGGCGCAGGAGUGCGAACGCUGCCGCUCGCGGAUUCAGCGGCACGGGAUGCCGCGGCGGUGCGAGCGCUGCGGAGUGGAGGCCGCCUUUCCGCGCUCGGCGUCUGCGCCGUCUGAGGGCGAGAAGAAGCUCCCAGAUCUCCUCUGCUUUCUCUGUUCAUUCGCGAUGAAGAAGGCACUGCUGCAGCAGCAGCGCUCGCGCAGCCGCACGCAGCAAACGCUGCAGCUGCUGCAGCCGGGGAAGGUGAACGCCGCAGCCCUGGAACCCGACAAAGUCCCCGCGGGUCUCCUCAGCGGUCAGAGACGAAGAGAGCUCGUGAGGACGCGGGGGAAAGAGUCGCAGGAAGAAGAGACCGAGGAGAAGCCGCUGUCGCACUGGAAGCUGCGAGCUGAGCACUAUCAGCAUCAAAACGAGGAACUUCUGCAUCAACUUCAACAAAUGCAGCAGCAGCUCCUCCAGAAAGACCUCACGAUGCAGGAACAGCAACAGGAGAAGAAGGAACAGCAGCAGGCGCUGCAGCACGAUCUUCUCCAAGAGCGACGGCGGAACCAACAACUGCUUCUGGAUUUGAAGCGCGCGUCGAUGGAGCGCGAGGCGCAGGCGAACAAGGCCGCGGCCGAAAAGCGCGAGACGGAGAAAGUCCACUUGGGUAUCUCUAACGCGCUGCACGAGUGCAUCGACCAGCUGAAGCACCGAAACGAGGAGUUGGAAUUGGCAAACAAACGCUGCUCCGCGGAGACUCACCAGGCGAAGAAGCAAGCACAGAAUUUGACAAAGGAGUUGGAGGGCCUGCGAAAGGAGCUGUCUGCCGCGGUUUCUGCUCGCGACUCGGCGCUAGCCACGCACGAGGCGACCGCGGCGAACGUGGCGAGUCUCGCAGCGUCUCUGGAGGCGACGCGGAGGGAACUGGAGAAGAUGCGGCAGGAACUCUCUGCCAUGAAGGAGGAACGCGACUCCGCACAUGCUAAGGCAGAGUCCGCGUCGCGCGAAGCCGAGGAGUACAGACAGCAGCGCGAGAGCCAGCAUAACGCCGAGGCCGCAACUGAGCAAGACUGCAAGGCCGCAGCCGAGGAAGAAGUCCGCGCGGGAAAGGAGCGGCGCGCGGGCGACGAGGCUGCCGAGAACGAACAAGCAGGCCAACCGCAGCCAGAGAACGACAAAGAGGGGAAGACUCAAUCGGGAAUGCAGCCAAACGGCGCGGAGGAAGCAGAGAAGGGUGCCGCGGCCGAAGAAGAGGCGCUGAGUCCGCAGAAAGAGGAGAGGAAGAGCAGUUCGAAGAAACAAGCCAAAAAUGCAAAGCAAGGAUCGUCCCACCCGCGCGAAGAGGAAGGAGGGGACCGACCGAACGAGCGACGCAACGAAAACGUGUCUCAAGAGCACCGCGAAGAGGGCACGGACUCAGAUCCGGUCACGAAGGCUGCCGCAGAAGGCGAGGGAGACCGACAGGACGCGACUGAAGAGGCCCGCACGCAGCCAGAGAACGGGCGGCGCGUCGAGGGAGAAGAAGAAGCCGCAGCUUUGCAGGAAAAGGGCGACAGCGACGCGCCGAAUUUCGCGUCCACUGAGCAAGAGACCGAGAGUGCUGGCGACGCAUGCGGCAAACCGGCUGAGGUGCUCGAGGCUCCGCCAGCGGCGCCGCAGGCGAUUGCACCAAGAGAGGAGGGAGACGAGGAGGCGACCGGCGAGAAGACGCUGGGAACGAAGCGACGCCGCGACGAAGAGCAGACUGAAGCAGAUGGAGCGGCUGAGGAGCCGGCUAAACGAGGCAAGAAGCAGGUGAAGAAAACGAACGCAAAGAGACGGCAAGCGGGAGAAGCCGAAGAGAGUCCCGUGCAGACGCCGAAGAAAACGGAGCCGCAGAGCGCGACUCCGCCGGAGACAGCCGCCGAAGAGGGGAAGGACGACGCGGGAAACGCGCCCGCAGAGAAAGAAGAGAAAGAAUCCGAUGACGAAGACUUGCCUCUCAACGCCGCAGUGACCAAAGCGAACAAGCGAGGAGGCAAGAAGGCCGCAUCGGCCGGACCCAAGAAGAAAGCGAAAGCCAAGAACUCUGAAGAGGCGCGCCGUGCGCAUGUCUGCCUUGCCCCUGGAGCGGGAGGUCUUAUUUCAGGUGGGCGCGAGUGCUGUCCUUAG